UGAUAUAAAUAGGUAUAUUUCUAUCAGAUUUUCUCUUAUGAAUCUUGAUAAAAAACUAGUCAUUUUAUUGAUCUUUGCAUCCUUAAAUAACUCUAAAGACUGUCAAUUUUAAAGCUAUUUUUGUACUGGAUAUGUAUAUACUUUUUGGCUGCGCACUCAAAUAUUCUGAUCCUCAAGUUUGAAUAAUAAACGGUUCUCUGAGAGGAAAAUCUUUAAAAACGGGUGGGACAGGCGUCAAAUCUGGUCCGAAGACUGGGUUUGGGGGAGAAGGGGAUGGGGAUUGGAUUAUCCCUCAUACCCAAAAUAAUGAUUAUCGUUAUCAUUACUCAAAAUCGCAAUAAAUGGAUUUGCCACGCAAUGUGAAAGGGCAAUGAAUGAUAAUGAUGACUAUGUAAAAGUAACUGGAUGGAUGUAUGUACUGCUGCUACUUCCGAUUAUUCUUCUUUUCCUCGCUUUGUCACCGCAUUUAAUUUUCCUAGGUGGGGUGCUGGUUUUUUUCAUUCUUUCCAUAUCCAAAGUCUGCGCUGCCCGAGUCAGAGGGCAAUAUAUAUAUAUAUAAUAUAUUAAUAGUCCUUAAUAUUAAUAAUUAACUUGCAUGUGGUAUAAAUAAUGAGCGGAAAUUAAUAGGAGCGAGCAUGCGCAAGAUGAAGUAUUCAUUUCUUAAAUGCCUGCCCCUUUUCAUGUGAGCGCCUCCACGCCGAGGCCAGGCGUUUCUCUACACUACGUGUUUUCAUCCUAUGCUGCGCUUGCAGGCACCAUUGUCUUCUAGUGUCUCCGUGUGUGUAAUGGGCUUAUUCAGUUUUACCUUCUCUGGCCUUCAACUUUGAGCACAGAUGUGGGUUUGAAGGGGCUGAAGAAAUCCCACAGAAAAAAUACUUGGUUUUCUUUAGCUACUGGUAAUAGUGGAGAGUAGAAAGAGAGGAGAAAUCAUGCCUAGAAGGCGAAGGGCGAAUGGAGGAGGGGGAAGUGUUAAAGGGGAAAGUCCUCCAGCUCCUGCAACUCCUCCUCAAUCCACAAAAGCCUUGCGGUUUCCUCUGCGACCGGGGCUUGGUCAGGCUGGUAUAAAAUGCCUCGUCAAAGCAAAUCACUUCCUUGCCGAGCUGCCUAACAAGGAUCUCCAUCAAUAUGACGUGUGUAUUACGCCGGAGGUGACAUCUAGAGGCGUGAACAGAGCCAUAAUGGGGCAGCUGGUUAAGCUUUACAGAGAUACAGAGUUGGGGAGACGGCUUCCCGUUUAUGAUGGGCGGAAGAGUCUUUACACCGCUGGUUUGCUGCCCUUUAAGUCUAAAGAAUUUACUGUGACUCUUGCAGACGAGGAUGAUGGAAUAUGUGCUAACAGUAACAAAGAAAGAGCGUCUAAGGAUAGAAAAUUCAAGGUGGUUAUAAAGUUUGCAGCUCGAGCAGAUUUGCAUCAUUUAGGGCAGUUUCUAGCCGGUAGACAAGCAGACGCUCCUCAGGAAGCUCUGCAGGUGCUCGAUAUCGUAUUGAGGGAAUUGUCAACUCACAGGUAUUGUCCUGUUGGAAGGUCAUUUUAUUCCCCUGGUUUGGGGAGACGGCAACCCCUGGGUGAGGGUUUGGAAACUUGGCGUGGGUUUUAUCAAAGUAUCAGGCCAACUCAGAUGGGCCUGUCCCUUAAUAUAGAUAUGUCUUCAACUGCAUUUAUUGAGCCACUCCCCGUGAUUGAUUUUGUUGCAAAAAUUUUAAAUAAGGAUGUGGUAACAAGGCCAUUGUCUGAUGCUGAUCGCAUAAAGAUUAAAAAGGCAUUGCGAGGUGUAAAAGUAGAAGUGACACAUAGGGUAAAUGUGCGUAGAAAGUACCGCAUUUCUGGAUUGACAUCACAACCCACCCGGGAGCUAAGGUUCCCUGUGGAUGAGAAAUCAACAAUGAAAUCAAUAGUGGAGUAUUUCCAAGAAAUGUAUGGCUUUAAAAUUCAGCAUACCCACCUUCCAUGCCUUCAAGUUGGAAAUACACAAAAGGCAAAUUAUCUGCCAAUGGAGGCUUGCAAGAUUGUGGAAGGGCAGAGAUAUUCAAAGCGGUUGAAUGAGAAACAAAUUACUAAUCUGUUGAAAGUUACAUGUCAGCGGCCCCAAGAAAGGGAAAUGGACAUCUUACAGACUGUUUCCCAUAAUGAUUAUGAUCAAGAUCCUUAUGCCAAGGAAUUUGGAAUAAAAAUUAGUGACAAGCUUGCCUCUGUAGAAGCUCGAAUCCUCCCUGCUCCAUGGUUGAAAUAUCAUGAUACUGGCAAGGAAAAAGUAUGCCUACCUCAAGUUGGUCAGUGGAACAUGAUGAAUAAGAAAAUGGUGAAUGGAGGAACAGUUAACCACUGGGCUUGCAUUAACUUUUCACGAAGUGUUCAAGAGAGUGUUGCUCGUGGGUUUUGUCAUGAGCUGGCUCAAAUGUGCCAAAUCUCUGGCAUGGUGUUCAACCUGGAACCUGUAAUUCCAAUCUACAGUGCACGGCCUGAACAGGUGGAUAGGGCUUUAAAAAAUGUUUACAAAGAGGCAAUGAACAGGCUCAGAGGCAAAGAAUUGGAGCUACUCAUAGUCAUAUUGCCUGACAACAAUGGCUCAUUGUAUGGAGAUUUGAAAAGAAUAUGUGAAACAGAUCUUGGCAUAAUAUCUCAGUGCUGUUUGACAAAGCAUGUUUUCAAAAUAAGCAGACAGUACCUGGCUAACGUCUCUCUAAAGAUUAAUGUAAAGGUGGGUGGAAGAAACACUGUGCUUUUGGAUGCUCUCAGCUGGAGGAUACCUUUAGUGAGUGAUAUACCAACCAUAAUUUUUGGGGCAGAUGUUACUCAUCCAGAGAAUGGAGAGGAAUCCAGUCCUUCUAUAGCAGCUGUUGUUGCUUCUCAAGAUUGGCCUGAAGUCACAAAGUAUGCAGGUUUGGUUUGUGCUCAAGCACACCGGCAAGAAUUGAUUCAAGAUCUGUUUAAGACCUGGCAGGAUCCUGUGAGAGGCACUGUGACUGGGGGCAUGAUAAAGGAGCUCCUAAUUUCCUUUCGGAAGGCAACAGGGCAGAAGCCUGCUAGAAUUAUAUUUUACAGAGAUGGUGUUAGUGACUGCCAGUUUUAUCAAGUACUUCUCUACGAGUUAGAUGCCAUCCGCAAGGCUUGUGCAUCACUUGAGCCAAAUUAUCAGCCCCCUGUAACAUUUGUGGUUGUACAAAAGCGUCACCAUACAAGGUUAUUUGCUAACAACCAUAAGAACAGGAACACCAUUGAUAGGAGUGGAAACAUCUUACCAGGCACCGUGGUGGACACCAAAAUUUGUCAUCCAAAUGAAUUUGAUUUUUAUCUAUGCAGCCAUGCCGGUAUUCAGGGAACAAGCAGACCUGCUCAUUACCAUGUUCUUUGGGAUGAAAACAAUUUCACAGCUGAUGGGAUGCAGUCAUUGACAAAUAAUCUCUGUUACACGUAUGCGCGCUGCACCCGCUCUGUUUCUAUAGUUCCACCAGCAUACUAUGCACACUUGGCUGCAUUUAGAGCGCGCUAUUACAUGGAACCAGACAUGUCAGACAAUGGAUCAUUGUCCACUGGAACAGGCAAUGGCAAUGCCCACGGCAAUGGUAAAGGUGGGAGCCGCAAUAAUAGUAAUGGCAAUGGUACACGGGUGGGCGUUCGGCAGUUGCCUGCACUCAAGGAUAAUGUGAAGAAAGUUAUGUUUUAUUGCUGAUCUAUGUUAUUGUCUUUACCCACUGUAACUAUCUGUUGUAUUUUAGAGCGCCGGUGCACUCAUGGAUCUACACAUUUCGUAAUAAUCACGCGCCCUUUCCCAUGACAGAGCCCUUUUCCAUGGCCUCAUUCAUUUGAGGGGAUUCAUGCGGGCUUUGGCCUCUAGCAGAGGAACUGUACCAUUCUUGCAGGGGUGGCCCCGCUUGAGUCUCAAAUUUCAGAAAUUGGGAACGUGUCAUCUCUCAUCUUCAUCUUCUCUUUUUUUAAUGGAAAGAGGGUGUAUUUUCAAUUGAAACACUUUUUAACAGGGAUCUCAGGGCGUUUGCUUUCUUGAGAUGCCAUUAUAAUGUAUUUGUUCAGCUGUGGACAGUUUAAUGUAAAUAGUAAUUGUAUUGAAAAUA